AACACGUCAGCGACGGUAAACACUGCGAUGGAGCGGAAGGGAGAUGGACGUACAGUCUGGGCCAAACCUCUGCAUCUCCUCUCCUCUCCUUCGUGCUGGAGAGUUUGCAACCUCUGCAUGGCUUUCUUUUUCGCGCUUGCCGCCUACGUGCAGGUUAAUGAUCCAGAUGCAGGAAUUUGGAUUGUUGCUUACUUAAUUCCUGCUGCAUUAUCCUUCCUUGUUGGCUUGAAUCCACCAGUCACAGAAAACUUCAUCUGGAAACAUCUGUCAUUGAUGCACAUCUGCAUGUGUUUCGUGGUGGCCACACUGUGGGGUUGGUACCUCCAUCAAAAUGCAAAGAGCAGUAUUUUUCAUGAAGAGGAGGGCCGGGAAUUUUUAGGAUUAGUAAUAAUCAUUAUAUGGAUGCUGUUAUGCCGAAAUUCAGGAAAGUAUCUCAGUGGUUUUAGAAUUUCUGCCGCCGUUUUUAUUACUGUUUUUCCAUUCAUUACUUGGUUCUAUUACUACAUCAAUAAAGAGCUACGAACAUCGUGGCCAGAACACUGUAAGAACACAAUUUAAGCCGGAUGUAAGCGAAGAGUGGGACCCGGAGAAGGGCCUUGACCUAAAAUGAAUUGAUAAGAGUAGCUAUUUAAAGUUACUCGCCAUUUAGAACUGCUAUUGCAGAUAAUCUGUGGCUGUGUGAGAAAGUUGUGAUUCACACACAUUUUCUGUCUUUGUAUAAUUUUUUAUGACAUAAUUUUUGAAUAAUUAUGUUGAUUGUAUAUAUAAUGAAUGUAUCAUUUUAACAUCUGAGAGAGAUUGCAAAUUGAAGUCCCGGUUUCGGUGUAGAAGAUUUAAUUUAAAUUGAAACAUGAGCUGAGUAUUAUGGACCAAAUGCAUUAACUUGGUUUAUGGAUGGAGAGUCUGACUGCAAUCAUGAUGCAGAAAUUCUGAGCACUAUUAUGCCUGAAAAGCGCUAGAUAUGAAGGAAAGGAUAUUGUAUGAAUGGGAUGUGGCUCAAGUUUGGAUUGGGAUAGAUCAUUUUCCAGUGAGAUAGAGCUUGAUACUUGGAAUGUGCAGGAAGGAGCUGCAGAUGCUGGUUUAAACCAAAGAUAGACACAAAAUGCUGGAGUAACCCAGUGGGUCAGGCAGCAUCUCAGAUGAAAAGGAAUAUGUGAUGUUUUGGGU